ACCUAACCUUUGAUUAAAACCCUAAUCAACAAUCCCUUCCUCUUAAAACCAAUUUCACUUCUCAUCAAUUAAACUUCCAUUUCAUUACAAUUUCUUCUCUCACAAUUCCAAAAACCCCCCAAUCUUUCUCUCUCUCAAAAUCUUUUGUUCUUUUCACUCAACUGUUUUCCUUCUUCAAUAAUGUGUGGAGGUGCUAUAAUCUCCGGCUUCAUUCCGCCGAUUCGCUCCCGGCGAGUCACCGGCGAACACCUUUGGCCUAAUCUCAAGCAACCUGCCUUCGGAAAUCAAUUGUCCAAGCCGGUUAAGUCUGAUAUCAUUGACAUUGAUGAUGAUUUCGAGACUGAUUUCCAGCAUUUCAAGGAUGAUUCCGAUUUGGAAUUUGAUGUAGAGGAGCUCCUUGAUACUAAACCUCUUGCCUUUUCUGCUGCUGGAGACCAUCCUGUUCCUUCUGCUCGUGCUUCAAAGUCUGUAGAAUUCUCUGGACAAGCUGAAAAAUCAGCAAAAAGAAAGCGAAAGAAUCAGUACAGGGGAAUCCGACAGCGACCAUGGGGUAAAUGGGCAGCAGAAAUCCGCGACCCACGUAAAGGAGUUCGUGUGUGGCUGGGCACUUUUAAUACUGCUGAAGAAGCUGCUCGAGCAUAUGAUGCUGAAGCACGACGAAUUCGUGGAAAGAAAGCCAAGGUUAACUUUCCCGACGAAACUCCACGAACCAGUGGAAAACGUUCAGCAAAGGCAAACCUUCAGGAACCACUUCCCAAAACUAGCUUGGCAAAGACCCAACCAGAUCUAAUCCAGAACAAUAAUUUCGUGAAUAACUCCGAUGAAGCAUACUAUAGCACGAUGGGUUUCUUGGAGGAAAAACCACUUACAAAUCAACUUCCCAACAUGGAUUCAUUGGCUACGAAUGGAGAUAUUGUAAUAAAAACUAGUCCAGCAUCUUCUGAUGUUGUACCCAUGUACUUCAACUCAGAUCAAGGAAGCAACUCCUUUGAUUACUCUGACUUUGGAUGGGGAGAGCAGGGUGCAAGGACGCCUGAAAUCUCGUCUUUUCUUUCAUCUGCCAUGGAGAAUGAAGACUCUCACUUUGUGGAGGAUGCUUCUCCAAAGAAGAAAGUCAAGUAUAGCCCAGAGAAUACGGUGGUUUCUCAAGGCUCUGAGAAGACUUUAUCUGAGGAGUUGUCUUCUUUUGAGUCUGAAAUGAAAUACUUCCAGAUGCCAUAUCUCGAUGGCAGCUGGGAUGCAUCAAUGGAUGCCUUCCUUGCAGGAGAGACAGGGAACCAGGACGGUGGAAACUCAGUCGACCUUUGGACCUUUGAUGAUCUUGCAGGAAUGGUUGGCAAUGUCUUCUAAGCAAACUUGUCCAGCUUGCUAGGUUAUGUAAAUAAAAGCUACAUAUUAGAACAUUUGUGAUCUGUUAUGGGAAUGGACGUGAGAGAGAUCUGCCUGCAUAAGCAAAAAUGGCCUAACAAACAUAGCUAUUGGUGUGUAUGUUGAAUGUGAGGACACUCUUAGUAGUACUUACUUGGUAGGCUUCAUUUCAUGUUUCUGAGUCCAUAAUAUGGGGAACUCAACUAAUAUAUAUGCUUGUACUGAUAAAAACUACUUGUGGUGGUUGGUUUGUGCUGUGGAUGUUGAAAACUUAAUGAAUAUCAUUUCUCUGCCUUUUGAAUAUGUAUGAAAUAUGAAUGAUGGAUGCCGAGUUGGUCGUGCCAUUCCGAA